GCAGCCGCACCCUCCGGGGCUGCUCGGGGCCGAUCGCGACCGGGGCCGAUCGCGACCGAUCGCGGCGGGGCCGAGGGGCCCGGAGGGGGCCGGGGUCGCCAUGUUCGGCUGCGUGGAGGCGGCGGCGGCGCCGCGGCGGCUGCACGACGUGACGAACCGCGGGGGCUGCGCCCUGCGCAGGGUCCCGGUGCCCGCCGGCUGCGGGGGCCCCGCCCGCAGAGCCCUGGAGCCCUCCCCUGGGCGGGUUUUGGGGGACACGGGCCCCCCCUCGCCACCACCCCCCCCACGCGUGCACAAGCCGUGCUUCGUGUGCAGCGACCGCAGCUCCGGCUACCACUACGGAGUGAGCUCCUGCGAGGGCUGCAAGGGCUUUUUCCGGAGAAGCAUCCAGAAGAACAUGGUGUACACGUGUCACCGGGAGCGCAACUGCCAGAUCGACAAGGUCACCCGCAACCGCUGCCAGUUCUGCCGCCUCCAGAAGUGCUUCCAGGUCGGAAUGUCCAAGGAAGCCGUGCGGAACGAUCGGAACAAGAGGAAAAAGGAGGUGAAGGAGGAUUUGGGUGGGGAUGAGCUGAGCCCCGAGCUGGCCGAGCUGGUGCGCAGGGUGAGCAGAGCCCACCAGGAGACCUUCCCCUCCCUGGGCCAGCUGGGCAAGUACACCACGAACUCGAGCGCUGACCACCGGGUGCAGCUGGACCUGGGGCUGUGGGACAAGUUCAGCGAAUUGGCCACCAAGUGCAUCAUCAAGAUCGUGGAGUUUGCCAAGAGGCUCCCAGGCUUCACGGGGCUCAGCAUGGCUGACCAGAUCACCCUGCUCAAGGCUGCCUGCCUCGACAUCCUGAUGCUGCGGAUCUGCACCCGCUACACGCCGGAGCAGGACACGAUGACGUUCUCGGACGGGCUGACGCUGACCCGGACCCAGAUGCACAAUGCGGGGUUUGGGCCCCUCACCGACCUCGUGUUCGCCUUCGCGGGGCAGCUGCUGCCGCUGCAGCUCGAUGACACAGAGACCGGGCUGCUCAGUGCCAUCUGCCUCAUCUGUGGGGACCGGAUGGAGCUGGAGCAGCCCCGGCGUGUGGAGCGGCUGCAGGAGCCGCUGCUCGAGGCUCUCCGGGUCUAUGCGCGGCGCCGGCGCCCGUGGCAGCCUCAGCGUUUCCCCCGGAUGCUGCUCAAAAUCACUGACCUGCGCGGCAUCAGCACCAAGGGGGCAGAACGAGCCAUCACCCUGCGCACGGAGAUCCCGGGGCCGAUGCCCCCCCUGAUCCGGGAAAUGCUGGAGAACCCCGAAAUCUUCACCGAAGUGGGGGGAGAUGCACCCCCUCCACCCCCAGACCCUCCUGCCGCCCAGGACAGUCCCCCUGGCCCCCCCACAUCCCCAUAGCCCCCCCCAGCUCGGGGGGGGAUCUCCAAAACCCGUCCCCAGUGGGGUGGGACAUUCAGAGCUGCCUUCCAGGGAAGCUGCCUUCCUCCUCCCUUUUGCUCUGGGGAGGGGGAGCUCCCCAUAGUGCCCCCCCCUGAAUUUGGGGAAGGGGGCAGAGACUGACAGAGCAAAGCUAUUGCCUUAAGCUGGGGGCGUCUGGGGGCACCCCUCGAACCUCAGCUUCACGCCAAAGCCCCCUCAGACCCUGCUGCCACCUCCCCUUGUACUGGGGGGGCUGUGAGGGGGGGGAGAGUUGGGGCCCCAGCAUCUCCCCACCAAAUUAAUGCCUGACACUCCCGCGGUGCCCCCCCAUGGUUUAUUUAUUGGACACAGGGUGGAUUUGCGAGGGGGUACACACCCCCCUUCUCCCCCAGAACAUCCUGCCCCCCAAAUCUGGGGGGAAAUGUUUAUAUUGGUGGGGGGCGGCUUGUGGGUUUUGCUUUUUGAUGCUGUUGGGGUGAGGUGGAAAACCCCAAAACUGCCCUCCCCUGGUGCCCCCCCCCCAAACACUACAGAGACCAAAGAUGGGGGACACAAGGUGACCCCCACAACACCCCCCCAAUUUUGGGGCGGGCUCAAGCCAUAGGGUGACCCCAAAAUCCUGGGGGUCCCCCCAGACCCAACUGCCCUCCCAAAUCUCUGUUACCCCCAGCCUGGCUGGAUUGUAGGGUCCGGCCUUACUGGCCCCUCUACAACUGCCCCCCUGAAUGUGGGGGUGCAGAGCCCUCAGGGGGAGCCUGUUACACUACACAGAAGGUCCCCCCCGGGGGCUGCACUUUCACCCCUAUUUAUUCCUCUGCGUUUACAUCGGGCCCCCUCAGAACAGGGCCCCCCCGCUGCUGCACCCUGCUAAUUCCCCCCUUUUUGGGGGGUCCCCCUGCCAUGUUUACAGCCCACCCACCCCCUCCCGCGCUCAGGGGGGACACGGGACUUUUCUAUUUUUGCAAAAUAAAGUUAUGGAAAUUUU